GUUGGUAGGAUAUAUGUGCUUUUAUUUCGUCCAAUUUAUUAUCCAGUGAUUGUAUGCUGGCCAAUGGAACGGAUGGCAAAGGCAGAUUAGCCACUUGUCAGUGGAUCCUCAUAAGGCACCCCAUCUCUUUCCGCGAUGGUGCUGUCCUCCUGCCUUAUUGUUUCAUCACUCCACGUUGGGUCAUGUCAAGAACAGCCCUUAGCACCGUACCCCGUCAUGCAUUAUUGCUUAUUCAGAGCAGUCAAAUUAGUUCAAUCAUCCAGUGAUAGAAAAUUAUCUGGGCAGUUUAAUAAGGGCAAAUGAUCUUUUCUCUUGCGACAUAUUCAAAUUAGUUUAUUAAGUCAUGUCUUAGUUCGCAAUAAUUAUUAUUUUGAUGUAAACCAAAUUUUGCGUUACAAGUUACGUCGGUAAUUACAAGUUACGAUAUUCAUUCUUUAUUGGCUCGGUAAAAUUAUGGGAUAAUUGUUUAUUGUAUAAAUGUGGCAACUCCUCUCUUCCCGUGGAAAAAAAACAUGUUUAUUUUUAGUCCUUUUGUGCUGGUUUUGUUCGGUCAAUGGGAUACAAAUGCAGUGGUCCUGGCAACCCUGCCCACAUCGGGGAACAGCGUAGUGGUGUGGAACCAACGUCUAUCGAAGGGGUGUCGGAUAAAAUAACUACACACGAAAAUAACACAACUACUAUAUCUCAGUUUCGGUGGUAAACCAUUUUAAGUGCUUUCCUUCUGGGAAUACCUGCUCUCACACAGAAUGGACACAUGUAGGCAGCAUUGUUUCCCAAGUGAUCAUUAGUCCCAGGCCAGUCAGGAGGUAAGGCCUAGAGAGGUGUCCCAGUCAGGAGGUAAGGCCCAGAGAGGUGUCCCAGUCAGGAGGUAAGGCCCAGAGAGGUGUCCCAGUCAGGAGGUAAGGCCUAGAGAGGUGUCCCAGUCAGGAGGUAAGGCCCAGAGAGGUGUCCCAGUCAGGAGGUAAGGCCCAGAGAGGUGUCCCAGUCAGGAGGUAAGGCCCAGAGAGGUGUCCCAGUCAGGAGGUAAGGCCCAGAGAGGUGUCCCAGUCAGGAGGUAAGGCCAAGAGAGGUGUCCCAGUCAGGAGGUAAGGCCAAGAGAGGUGUCCCAGUCAGGAGGUAAGGCCCAGAGAGGUGUCCCAGUCAGGAGGUAAGGCCCAGAGAGGUGCCCCAGUCAGGAGGUAAGGCCCAGAGAGGUGCCCCAGUCAGGAGGUAAGGCCCAGAGAGGUGCCCCAGUCAGGAGGUAAGGCCUAGAGAGGUGUCCCAGUCAGGAGGUAAGGCCUAGAGAGGUGUCCCAGUCAGGAGGUAAGGCCCAGAGAGGUGCCCCAGUCAGGAGGUAAGGCCCAGAGAGGUGUCUUUCCCCUUAGUCAGUCAGUAUGGCCCAGGCGGAGGCCCAGCCCAGUGGGGAUAACAGCCCCCAGCUCAUCUCCCUCCAGUCGGAGAGGUCAGAGGCAUCAGGGAACCACGCAGAGGUGGGCUCCGCCAACCGGAGGAAGAGGAGGAGGAAGGAGCCCAGACCUGAGUCCAUCAUUGUGUAUCGCUCAGACAAUGAGAGGGGGCCUGGGGAGGAGCAGGUGGGAGAGGAGGGAGGUGCUGAGAGGAGCACUGAAGAGGGGGCCAAGUUCCUCAACACACCCACCGGCGAAGGAGGCUGGAGCGACAGGAGCAUGCCCCCAGACAGCCGUUAUGUGACCUUGACCGGCACCAUCACCAGGGGGAAGAAGAAGGGUCAGGUGGUAGACAUCCACGUUACUCUAACAGAGAGAGAACUCCGGGACAUGGCCCUCUCUAAAGAGCGUCUGGACGCUGAGUGUGAGAGGGGGCAGGGCUCCAAGUGUUCCUGUGGCUUGGGGUUCUUUCAGGGCCCCCAUGUGAUCCUCUGGAGCCUAUUGUGUGCUCCUCUGGUGUUCCUUAUCGCCUUCAUCACGUCGUUUUACUAUGGAACGCUCACCUGGUACAACGUGUUCCUGGUCUACAACGAGGAGAGAACAUUCUGGCACAAGAUUACCAUCUGCCCCUUCCUCAUCAUCUUCUACCCCAUGCUGAUCAUGCCCAUGGCCCUGUCCCUGGCUCUGUACUCCACCCUGGCGCAGGUCUCCUGGGUCUUUAGUGAGUGGUGGCUGUCUGUCCGCGACCUGGAGAAGGGGUUCUGUGGCUGGGCCUGUGGGAAGCUGGGGCUGGAGGACUGUUCUCCAUAUAGUAUCGUGGAGCUGCUGGACUCUGACAACUUCUCAGGGAGCAUGCAAGGGAAUAACAAGGCUCCCGGUGAGGAUGCUCAGACGUCCUCUGUGUGAGACUGGGUUGUAUUCACUAGGAAGCAAACGGGUCGAAACAGGUUAGAACUACCUGAACUUAUCCGUUAAUAAGAAACACUUUUUUGCAAUGGUGUACCCACUAAUGAAUAUAACCCUGGACUGGCAUCAUGGACACAAACACAAACUGGCAUAGUUGUCAUACUUUCACAUUUUUCGAUACCAUCAAAAAAGCCGGUUAUUGUUUUAACUUACACUUCCUACUAAUUUAUCUAACCUCGCAUUCUUACUGGUUGUUAUUGAAGUGAACUCUGUGUUUACUGGGCCAAUCACCAUGUUGUUAUGUUUAAAAUGGUCUUAUUUAUUUGAAUAUUUCAACCACUAGCUAGUUUAGUUGUAAGUGUUGUCAAUGGAUGUUUUGUAUCAUAGGACGGGCUAUUAAAAUAUGUUUAAAUUAAAUAUACUGCAACAUGAGGGUCGCUACAAUACUGCCUAAAGUUUACUGUAUACGUCACGGAGGAUCAAACACAAGACCUAUCUAUCAAACAUAUUGAUAGAUUUCUGUUGAAAAACUGUUGCACUGAAAUCCUCGAUAGGACAGGCAGGAAGUUACCUUUUAUAUCUAAUGUACUGUACCCGCAUGAAGUAAUACUUGACCUUUCUCUCUUUCGGGUUGAAGAGAUUACAUUUUAAACUGUGGCAGGGUGGAAGGAACUCUGGGGCGUUCAUUCAGCAGACAAGAAUGUAGAAUUAAGAUUUGAAGGAUCUAAAAGGAUUUUGGUCAGUACCUCUGUUCUCUAUAUAAAGGUUCACCUGUGUGUGUUGUUCACUCACUCUUCACAUCAUGUUUGUUGCUCACCAUGAGAUAAAAUGUAUGGAAAUAAAACCUGAAUCAUUUUCACAGUUCAA